UCGCUCUGACCUUCGCCUCGUAGUCUGUGGCCUCAGCUGCUUCACGCUGCAGGCGCUUCGGACGCGGGCGCGGUCAGCCAUUUUACACAUGCCAGAGAGGAGUGCCGGGCGUAGGACUCCAAAGGGAGACCUGGCUUCCUGACAUCGUGUACAUCCUUUCUGGAGGAGUGUAGGUGGAAAUGAGAAGUACUAUGCAGACCGCCUUGCACAGGCACUUAGGUGCUUAGAACGUGUCGGCCAGUGCAAAUGUCUGCAUGUGUGAAGGGAGCCUGCACGCCACACCAGCUCCCCCAGCGUCGCGUUUUACGCCGCCUGCCGGCCGCCCUCGCUCCGAUUUUACAGAGAUGAUGAGAGCCUUGGGAUACCCUCGACAUAUUUCCAUGGAAAACUUCCGCACACCAAAUUUUGGGCUUGUAUCUGAAGUGCUUCUCUGGCUUGUGAAAAGGUACGAACCUCAGAAUGACAUCCCUUCUGAUGUUGAGACUGAACAAGACCGAGUUUUCUUCAUUAAGGCAAUUGCCCAGUUCAUGGCCACCAAGGCACAUAUAAAACUCAAUACCAAGAAGCUUUAUCAGGCAGACGGGUAUGCAGUGAAAGAACUACUGAAGAUCACCUCUGUCCUUUACAAUGCUAUGAAGACCAAAGGCAUGGAGGGCUCUAAACUAGGAGAGGAAGACGUCAGCAAGUUCAAGUUUGACCUUGGCUCAAAGAUUGCAGAUUUAAAAGCAGCGAGGCAGCUUGCUUCUGAAAUCACUUCCAAAGGAGCAUCUCUAUAUGACUUGCUGGGCAAGGAGGUGGAGCUGAGGGAACUGAGGACAGAAGCAGUUGCCAGACCUCUGGAAAUAAAUGAGACUGAAAAAGUGAUGAAAAUUGCAAUAAAAGAUAUUCUGGCACAGGUUCAGAAGACAAAAGACCUGCUCAAUAACGUGGCCUCUGACGAAGCUAACUUAGAAGCCAAAAUCGAAAAGAGGAAAUUAGAGCUGGAAAGAAAUCGGAAGCGACUGCAGACUCUGCAGAGCGUCAGGCCAGCGUUUAUGGAUGAAUAUGAGAAGAUUGAGGAGGAAUUGCAGAAGCAGUAUGAAAUUUAUCUUGAGAAGUUUCGGAAUCUGGCUUAUCUGGAGCAGCAGCUGGAGGAUCAUCACAGGAUGGAGCAGGAGAGGUUUGAGGAAACUGAGAACACUCUCCGUCUGAUGCAGAACAAGCUCAAGGAGGAAGGAAAACGUGUGCUCAAGAGCGGAAGUCAGCCAGGAGUGCAUGAUGCGGCCCUCAGUGACAAGCCUGCAUGGAGUGUGUCCCCCUCCGAGAGGCCCAGCACAGGUAAUGACGACUCUGACAUUGACAUCCAGGAGGACGAUGAAUCCGACAGUGACGUGGAAGAGAGACGGCUGUCCAAGCUGCAUACGGCCAUGGAGGUGCUCAUGCAAGGACAACCCAGCAAGCGCGUCGUGGGCACAAUGCAGGGUGGAGACACGGACGAUGACGAAGACUUGGAGGACAGUGAGAUUGACAUGGAGGAUGACGAAGAAGACGACGAUCUGGAAGACGAGAGCGUGGCGCUCUCACCAGCUAAGCCCAGUCGAAGAGGCCGGAAACCUGAGCCCCUGGAUGAGAGUGACAGUGACUUCUGACCUUCUUGCCAAGGGACCUAGGCAGAUUAAAACCCUCAGAUUUGUAGGGAAAGGGGAAAUUGAGGAGGCAGAAGAAAAGAGGCAUUUGUUGGAUAAGCCAACUGGACUUGUUGUUAAUGAAGCAAAGCCUGUUUCUGGUUUAGUUUCCUGGGUGUUGCUCACACAUUCCAAAGCUUAAACAGGAACCGGAGCCAGCCCCACAGAGGAUUUUUUUUUUUUUUGGCCUUUUCUCUCUCCUAAAAUUUGGGAAAUGCAUGUGUUCCUAGUGAUUCACAUCCACAGGGCAAAAACUUUUGAGAUAUAACAGCCAACACCAUGUAAGUCUUGGCUGUUAGGUUUGUCACACUUUUUCUCUGAAAGUCAGUGGGACCUUCCCAGACUUGGGGCCGAAACUGGGCCCAGGACUCAUUGCAGGAACUGUAGGGCAGCCAGGACAUUCACAUUGUAUCAUUUUUUUGAGUCUAGGCUUUAAUUUACUCUGUAGUCUUAUUUUCCUUCUUCUGCACAUUCACAAUACCAAGCUUUAAAUGUAUUUUACUAACUAAAGUUUUCUGAAAGAAAGUAGCUAAUUCAUAUGAAAACCAGCUUUCCUUAAAGAUCAGGCAACAGAGAGAUGCUCCAGGUCAUGCACACUUCAUUUUCUCUCAGAAGGCUGAUGUUCCUCCAUAGGAAGGAGGAAAUUAAGGGAAAAGUGUUGGUACGUAUUCAGGUUUCUGACUUCAAAAAAUAAACCAUAUUGAAUUUAAUAGAAUAGCACUAGAAGAACUUCCCUUUUGUGAAGCGAGAAGUGACAGGUAUGUGGAUUUUGCUUUGCUUUGGUUUUGUUAAUACACAGAACAAGCACAGAGGAGUUUUCGUUUACUUUUCAAUUAUAAAAUCAGAAGACUUGGGAAGUUCUUUAUCUCAAUAAAUGUAUUUUACACCAUA